UAAUUAAUCAACUUCUUUCAUUACUUUAAAUUGUCUGGCUUAUCUCUGAUAAUUAAACGUAUUAGCGACAACGAUACAACUUGGGUAGUCGUUGAUUUGUUUUCGUGACAAAAAGUUUGAAAACCAAGUGAAUGCAUUUUGCGAAUUAUACUUAUUGCAACAAAUUACAAAUGUUGAGACUGCUGUUGAUGCUGGGCCUGGCCGUGCUAGCCAGAGGAUCCUCCGUUACCUUCCACGAUUGCGGGUCCGCGUACGACCUGGAGGCGGUGGAGAUCGCGGGCUGCGGCGCCACGCUGCCCUGCUACCUCACCCUCGGCGAGGACAUCCCCGUCAGCCUGCACUUCUUCGCUGAUUUCGCCUCCUCCAGUUUGGAUCAGAAGGUGAUAAUUACCGUAAAUAACAUCAAUUUGAAUACCGAAGUUACCCCAGGUAACGUUGGACUUUUUUUUGAGCCGUGCGAGAUGGCGGUGUGCCCGGUGCCCACGGACUGCGUGUCGUCCAUCACCAGCGUCAUGAGCGUGCCCCGGAACAUGGCCCUGAACUCGCGCGGCUACCUGCGCUGGCGCGUGUACAACGAGCGGCGCGUGCAGGUGGUCUGCUACUCAGUGCUGGUGCAGACCCAGAGCCCCCUGCAGAAGAUGCUCCGAGCGGCCGCCACCAACUACACCGCACGCCCUCCUCACACCCCCCGGGCAAAGAAUGCUCUAGAAGGAAAAUCGAAGAAUGCAAUUAUGCCGGUAGCCACCGCACCACCACUCCACACCCCCCGCGCCGUAAAGAAAGCUCUAGAAGGAAAAUCGAAGAAUGGAAUAGCGCCAGUCGGUAGAAGGUGCCGCGUCAACCCAACUGUUAAAGCAACUGUUGAAAAGUUAUAAUCUGACUGUAGUUAUGAUGUUAAAUAGAGAUUUGUAGAUAGAUUGGUGGCGGUGUGGCACGUGUAGUGGUGGUAAAAUAAUAGACGUUGAAAACAUUAUAAAUAUUCUGCAAAUUCCCAUAAGCAUUAUAAAUUCAUUAGAAAAUUAUUAUGGCAAAUCAAUAAAUUCCACUAGGUGCAUUGGCUGUUCCGCCGUUUCUGUACAUUUAUCCACUAACUAAGGCAUAUAAUACCUGGUGAUUGCCUACAGCUUAUUCUUAUUAUUAUCAAGAUUAAAAUUUUAUAUUUAAAAUUAUUAUGCGUAGGUAUUUUAACUGUUUCGAUAUGUAUUAGAUUAGAGAAAUGUGAUAUAUUUUAUUUUAACCCUUACUAUUUUGUUUUUAUAACUUUCGGAGGAUAUAAUUUCGACACUAUGAAAAUUCUAAAUUGUUUUGUUUUACUGAAUAAAAGACUGACAUUGUAGUCGUACAUGA